AUGUUUGGUAUCACCUUUGGCGCAGUAGUGAAACAAAUAUUCUCCGUGCCACGUUUAGUGAAAAUGAGUGAACUACAGCGCAUUCUGUCCAACAACAAGGCAGCAGAGGAGCUGCUCGAGUCGCUGAAGCAGGAGCUGAAAACAAUAAAAAAUGAACAAGUGCAACGCAAGAUCGCUGUUCUGCAGGCGGAAAAUGAAAUUCUUCGCCGACAGGUGGAUGCUUGCUUGAAUAGAUUGGUAACGUUGGAGGUGGCGCACGGUAAGGUACAGAUUCCGGUACCGACACCGGAAGAGGUACGAGCUGGCAGUGGCCCAGUGCCUGUUAAAAUGGAACCUGUUGCUCAACAACCGGUGGCGAAGGAAACUCCGAAGGAAGUACCGGCACAGGCACAGCAGCAGAACGAAAGUAAACCACCUAAGGAAAAGAAACCCAAGAAGGAAAAACCAGCCGGCGAAGCUAAACAGGGUGGUGCACCUGCCGCGGAGGAACCGCCAAUCGAUGUAGGACGGCUUGAUAUGCGUGUCGGACGAAUCGUGGAGGUUGCACGCCAUCCCGAUGCGGACAGUCUGUACGUGGAGAAGAUCGAUUGUGGGGAACCGAAUGGUCCGCGUACCGUCAUUUCCGGACUAGUGAAGUACGUUCCGAUAGAGCAGAUGCAGAACCGCAUGGUAGUUGCGUUGUGCAAUCUGAAACCGGCAAAAAUGCGUGGCAUUCUGUCGGAAGCGAUGGUGAUGUGUGCUUCGUCACCGGAUGGAGUAGAAAUUUUAGCUCCACCGGAGGGUUCUGUACCAGGAGAUUUGGUACAUGUGGAGGGAUACCCGCGCGUACCGGAUGUGGUGAUGAAUCCGAAGAAGAAAAUCUUUGAAACCGUUGCACCGGAUUUGAAAACGAACUAUGAACUUGUGGCAUGCUACAAGGAAGGUUCGUUCGUUGUCCCUGGCAAAGGAACGGUUAAAGCACAAACGCUGAAAAACGUACAAGUAAAGUAG